AUGGGAACAGGUGACAGACUGCUGGACAUACCGUGCAAAGUGUGCGGAGAUCGCAGCUCGGGCAAACACUACGGCAUCUACAGCUGCGAUGGCUGUUCGGGGUUCUUCAAACGCAGCAUCCACCGAAACCGAGUGUACACGUGCAAAGCGGCCGGUGAGCUAAAGGGCCGCUGUCCAGUUGACAAGACACAUCGCAACCAGUGCCGAGCCUGCCGUCUCUCCAAGUGCUUCCAGUCGGCCAUGAACAAGGACGCGGUGCAACACGAGCGUGGCCCCCGAAAGCCAAAGCUGCAACACCUGCAGGCGAACGGAGGCCAUCACCAUCCUGGCCAUCCACAUCUCGGUGGGCCCUUCGUCGGUAAUCCUUCGUACGGACACGCAAUGGCACACUUUCCGGCCGGAUUGCAUCACGCCGCCAUGGCCAGUUCCAACAGCCUGCUGCACCAUCCCCAACCGCUUUCGUUCGCUCCACUUGGCCACCAUAUGCCACCGUCCCUGUUGCCUCCGGUCAAGCUCGAGCAGAACAAGUUCGAGUUUUCCCUAGCGAGCUCCAACGGUGGUGGUGAAAGGGGAACGGGUGGUCAAGGAUUGCCGGGAGCGGGCAUCCUAUCACCGAUCAAGGUGGAACACGGCAAGUUCGAGUUUGCGGCCUCCGGUCAAGUGCAGCACGUUUACCGAGCCCUGGAACCGAUGCCACCUUCACCGACCGAUUCGAAGAGCUCGAUCAGUGUCGAUUCACCCUCCGAAAGUCUCACAAGCCCACACUCGACCGUCGAUGGCAGCUCGAGUGUCCUCAGUCCAACACCGAUCAACGCCACGACCACCACCAGCCUGAGUCUACCGUCACCGCUCUCGCAAAACGGCGUCCUUGACAUCCUCAUGAGCACGGACAAGUGCCAGGAGUUCAUCCAGUACCAGAUGCACCAGCACCAGCACCAUCACCAACACCACCAACACCACCACAACGGUAGCAUCACGUUUCCUGGGUUCGUCCCCGUGCCCGGUGGUGGAACGGGUGUUGCGACUGUGGGGCCUCCUGCAUCCGCACCACAGCCACCAGCACCAACGACGGCUCCUUCGGGUGUGAGCCUCACGAGUUCCGGGAUGCCUCCGGUGUCUUCGGCAGGGGCAGGAGGACCACCGGUUCCACCACCACCGCCGCCGCUUGUACCGCACCCGAUCGGUGGAGGAUUGCCUCCGGAAGGACCCGCCAUCAUACGGCUACCCACGUGGGAGAUCCUGCAGGAAACGACAGCCCGACUGCUGUUCAUGUCGGUCCGAUGGGUGCGCUGCCUCAUCCCAUUUCAAACGCUCUCUAAAAACGACCAACACUUGCUACUGCAGGAAUCGUGGAAGGAGCUGUUCCUGCUCAACUUCGCCCAGUGGAGUGUACCGUGGGACCUGAGCGGGUUGCUCGAUUCUCCGCAGGUGCGCGAUCGUCUACCACCUGAUGCUGCCACCCAGCUUGAGAUGAAAACGAUGCAAGAGAUCCUGUGCCGGUUUCGACAGAUCUCGCCCGAUCUCAGCGAACUCGGUUGCAUGAAAGCGGUCAUUCUUUUCUCACCCGAAACGUCCGAGUUGUGUGACGUCCAGCCAGUCGAGAUGCUGCAGGAUCAGGCCCAGUGCGUCCUGUCGGAGCACGUGCGCGUUCGCUACCCACGUCAACCGACUCGAUUCGGGCGGCUGCUGCUCCUGUUGCCGCUGCUACGUACCAUCCGGUCCACCACCAUCGAGACGCUCUUCUUCAAGGAAACCAUCGGUACCGUGCCCAUCUCCCGGCUGCUGAUCGACAUGUACCAGAUGGAGAAGUACACCGACCUCGAGGUGGGAACGGGCGCCACCACACCCACCGGGGCUCUGACCCCGAAGGCAUAA